UAACUUAUAGGGGGACCAGACGGUUCCAUUUCAUCAAACCAAAGUUCCGAAUAAACAAACAUUUUUCCGAAUUGCAAAGCAGUUAUAUAAUGGGUGGUAUAUUCAGUUUGUUUUCUCGACUGUUUGGAAAUAAAGAACGUAGAAUUCUCAUCUUAGGCUUAGAUGGAGCCGGUAAAACAACCAUACUAUAUAGGUUACAAGUUGGUGAAGUGGUAACAACCAUACCAACUAUUGGAUUCAAUGUAGAAACAGUUGUACAUAAAAAUCUUAAAUUUCAAGUAUGGGAUUUAGGUGGACAAACUAGUAUUCGACCAUAUUGGCGAUGUUAUUAUGCGAAUACCGAUGCAAUUAUUUAUGUAGUCGAUAGUAUGGAUAAAGAUCGAGUUGGAAUAUCAAAACAAGAAUUAUUCUCUAUGCUUGAGGAAGAAGAAUUACGUGGUGCUGUUCUAGUUAUUUUAGCCAAUAAACAAGAUAUAUCUGGUUGUAUGACUAUCGGGGAAAUAGCACAAUCACUUGGUUUAGCAUCAAUUAAAAAUCGACGUUAUCAAUUGUUUAAAACAUCUGCAUUAAAAGGUGAAGGAUUAGAAGAAGCUAUGGAUUGGUUAUCGAACACUCUAUGUACGCAAAAAUAAUUUUGUGUAUCGAAGUUUUCCUUCCUAUCACACACACACACACAAAAAGAAACAACUGCUUGCAGAACGGGAACUGUUUCGUUCUUCACUUUACAAAGAUGAUUACUAACCAUUUUGUUUUGUAAAUGCCCUUUCUUGUUGUCUUUUUGGUUGAAUGUGAAGAAAAGUGUUUACAAUUUUUAACUUUAUAUAUUUAAAACCAUUUGAAUUGAUCAUUGUCUUCCCUUGUCAACUGUUGUACAAUUAAUUUAACUUGCCUGUGAUACAUUUAUUCUCAAUUAUAUAAUAUGCAUCAUGAUUGCUGAAUGUAAUCAACUUUUAUCUCUAUACUGAAGUUUUAUUGAUCAGUUACUUUGUUUCUACGUAUA